UGGUCGGGAUGCUGCGGGCAGGGCUCCACAAUCAUGGCCGCCGAGGCAGGCAGAGCCAGGCCGAGGAUAGUAACGGGCUCCCGGGCUGCGUUGUGUCUUGUUGCCGCGCUGUCCUUCAUUUCCCGCUUCCAUGGCCUGUCACAGCCGCCGCACGUGUGCUGGGAUGAGACACACUUUGGAAAGAUGGGAAGUUAUUACAUAAACAGAACAUUUUUCUUUGAUGUUCACCCUCCAUUAGGAAAGAUGCUGAUUGGGUUUGCUGGACACCUCAGUGGGUACAAUGGGUCAUUUUCUUUCCUGAGGCCUGGCCAGAGUUAUGGCACUCACAACUACUUGGGUAUGAGAGGGUUCUGUGCCUUCCUGGGAUCUUGGCUUCCUCCAUUUGCCUUCCUCAUUGUCCUGGAACUGUCAAGGUCACUCCCUGCAGCAGCACUCGCUGCCUGCCUCAUUAUUUUGGAUACUGGAUGCCUCACAUUGUCCCAGUACAUCUUGCUGGACCCUAUCCUGAUGUUCUUCAUUAUGGGAGCAGUUCUGUGUAUGAUCAAAUUUCACUCACACUCCUCUAGGCCUUUCAGCUCCCUCUGGUGGCUGUGGCUGAGUCUCACUGGAGUAAAUUUGGCUGGAGCUCUGGGGGUGAAAUUUGUUGGACUCUUUGUGGUGGUGUUGGUUGGUCUCAAUACAGUCCGUGACCUUUGGAAGAUGUUGGGAGACCUCAGUCUGACUUUGGAGGUGAUUUUCCAGCACUUCGCAGCGCGGGUUCUCUGUCUGAUUUUGCUCCCACUUACUCUCUAUGUGCUGUUUUUUGCCGUACAUUUCACUGUGCUCAAUCAAAGUGGCCCAGGAGAUGGAUUUUUCAGUUCUGCUUUCCAGUCAAGACUGAUUGGUAACAACUUACACAGUGCAUCUAUGCCAGAGCAUCUGGCUUAUGGUUCAGUCAUCACAAUGAAGAGCCUUCGCACAGCUGCUGGAUAUCUGCAUUCACAUGGCCAUCUGUACCCUGAGGGGGUAGGGGCACGCCAGCAACAAGUAACUACAUAUUCACAUAAAGACCAGAACAAUCUGUGGAUCAUAAAGCGACGUGAUCAGGAUUAUGAUCCAGCAGCGCCAGUAGAGUUUGUGCGCCAUGGUGACAUCAUCCGCCUGGAACACAGAGAGACCAGGCGGAACCUACACAGCCACCAGCGGGAGGCACCACUCAGCAAAAAACAUCUGCAGGUGUCUGCGUAUGGAACGAAUGGAACAGGGGAUUCUAAUGACUACUGGAGAAUUGAGGCGAUUGGAGGCAGCGACAAAGUGAAGGUUCUUCGCAGCCAGAUUCGACUCCAGCACUUAUUAACAGGCUGUUUGCUUGGUUCAACUGGAAAAGCUUUGCCCAAAUGGGGCUGGGAGCAGGGGGAGGUCACGUGCAGCCCAUAUCUUCGAGAGUCUCCAAGCACUCAGUGGAAUGUUGAGGAUCAUGAAAAUCCACGAUUACCGAAUAUCAGUGUUUCUAUCCUAAAGCCCUCUUUCCUGGAAAUCCUCUUGGAGUCCCAUAUUGUGAUGGUCCGGGCAAACAGUGGACUGAAACCCAAAGAACACGAGGUAACCUCUAAGCCGUGGCACUGGCCUAUCAACUUUCAGGGUCUCAGAUUUUCUGGUGUGAAUGAAACAGAUUUCCGUAUCUAUUUACUGGGGAACCCGAUCAUCUGGUGGCUGAAUCUGGUCUGUUUGGGAGUUUAUGCUCUCAUGGCCCUUUGUGCAGCUGUGUCUUUACAGCGAGGAAUUGCCCUGUCUACUCACAUGAAAGAGAGUUGCCAUGUGCUCCUGGAGGGCGGGGGACAGCUAAUGUUUGGGUGGCUACUACAUUACUGUCCGUUCUACUUCAUGGGACGAGUCCUUUAUUUCCACCACUAUUUUCCAGCCAUGCUCUUCUCCUGCAUGCUCACAGCUGUGACCUGCUCUGUUCUGCUGAAAUCCUUUACUGGUUUGCUACAUCCCCGAUUCAGUCAGAGUGUCUAUAUAGCUGGGAUCUGCUUCAUAAUACUCUUCUUACUGUACAGUUUCUACCUCUUCCACCCACUGGCGUAUGGCAUGGUGGGACCUCUUGCAGACCAGGCCCAGAGCCCCAUGUUUGGACUGAGAUGGAUGGAGUCAUGGGAAUUCUAGAUUUCUCAAGUUGUGGAAAAUGUUUUAUAUGUUAUUUUAAUGUCUCGAACCGAGAUUAUAACAAGCAUAGGGCAGGUCUCUUAAACCACAAUGGAGAAAGAGCCUGUUAGGAUGUAUUACGAGAGUCUAGACUUAGAGUGUCUUAGAGCGUCCGACCUUGCAGAAGACGUGUGAUUGUGAGGCGGACAUUUUAAGACUAGAAGUGAGUGAUGGAUCACACUGAUUCAUUGAGUGAACCAAUGUCUUUUUGACAUCAAACCCAACACCCCUUGGGUUCUGUAAAAUCAAAGAUCGCGCCACCCUGAAUACUGCCUUCAGUGUGGUUCAUUCAUACACACGUUACAACUGAGGGAAUAUGGCCCUUAAUACUGCCUUCUGUAUGCUUCAUUCAUACACACGUUACAUCUGAGGGAAUAUAGCCCUUAAUACUGCCUUCUGUAUGCUUCAUUUAUACACACUUUACAUCAGAGGCAAUAUGGCCCUUAAUACUGCCUACCAUACAUUUCAUUCAUACCUCUAAGUGAAUCUCAGAGAGCAAACACCUGCAUCCAAGCAUAGCAUACAUUUCAUUAGUGCAAUUUUCACACCCCAGGUGUUUAGCCUUGGAGGCUCCCAUCUAUAUAUUUCAUUUACACACCAGUAACAUAGCAACAAGUACAAUCCUUCACACUGCUUUCUAUAAAUUGAAUUCAUACCCCAGUCACAUCCUACGAGUAUCUCACAAGAUGCUGUCUUUCUUUCUAUUCAUUUAUACUCAUCACGUCCCAGGGAGUGCAGCCCCGGAUAUUGCUUUCCCUACAAUCUAUUCUUAAACUGAUCACAUGCCAGGAAAGCCAGCUCCAUAUAGUGGUGUCCAUACAUUUUUUGCACACAGAUCACAUCCAUCGACUUGCGGCUUCAGGCUCUGCUUUCUAUACAUUUCAUUCAUACACUAGUCGCAUCGCAAGGAGAAUGCCUCACCAGGUUUUUCAAUAUGCAGUAAAUGAACCAUAGCACAUAAAUAGGAUAAUUCAUGUGAUUCUCUAUUUCCAUAGCCCUGUUUUUCUAGAUGCCUGUUGCAGGCUAUGAUUUGGAAACAGAAUGGUUCUAUUGCACAAGCUGUGUGGAUUCUGUGUGAUUAUCUAAACACACACUCUUAACACUCACUUCCUUAUUAGGAAACGGAAACCAUCAUCCAGUGGCUACACAUAGCAGCUGUCUCGCAUAUCCCCAGCUGUCUCCGCUCUCAUGUCAAUGACUGUCUCUUCUAAACUCCAUAUUUUUUUUUCUUUCUACUCCUAACUGACAGUGUUAUUUCUUAAAUGUCCAAACUCUUUCUUACUAAUUAAACGGAGAGUUUCAUUAAAGAGACUUUAUUUGAUUACA